AGUUAAUGAGACCCCAAAGCCCUCAGACCCCCACAGCUCCACACACAGAAACAGAGAUAAACAAGGAGCCGGAGGGAAACGUCUACUGGAUCUGAAAUGACGUGGCGGGAGGUGAGGAUUCUCAUUUAAUGCUUGGAUUUGAGCAACAGGAAAGUUGUACAUUUUCUUUAUAAUUCAUAAGUAUAUUUGGAAUAAAAGUGGCUGUUUAUGAUGAUUUAGUUUUAUUAGCUGGAAGUAAUUUGUAAUUUAUGAGUUUAUGUUGAAGCUCCUGAUCACAGGCUCUUGAUUUGACCAAAUCUAUCUCAGGUUUUUGAUAUAUUCAUGUUUGCUUCUAAACAAAGAUUUUCAAAUUAUUCCAAAAUUUGGCACUUAGUUUUUCCCUUAAAAUCAAAUCUUCGUUUUUAAGAACCUAGAGUACCAACUGCAGUACAAGUAAAAUGUUUCUCCGUUGCACUUGGUUUGAAAGUCCUGCGUCCUGAAAACGCAGAACCGUAUUAUUUUGUCUAUAUCACAGAUCCAGAUAUAGACAAAAUAUAGCUAUAAUAUUGCAGAUAUGUAGAAUAUGAGCAAAAACAAAGAAAUCCUGUUCUUAUUUUGUCACAAUGAUGGGCAUUCUCUAAAACAUAAAUACCAGCUUUUGCUGAAAAACCAAAACUUGAAAUCACUUUUCUAUUUUUCCUCAGUUUUUCUACAGGGAACUAAACCAGAUGUGCCCAACAAAUGACCCAAACAACUCAGGCCACACUUUGUUUACUUUGGAUUUAUCAAAUCUUGUUGUAAAACUGUAGAUCACAGCAUGGUUCUCUGUUUAUCAUUUUAUAAUCGAUCAUUGCCUCACUCCUAGUUAACUAGUUUUUAGGAGAUGGUUGUCAUUAUUUCAUUAUUGUGUCAUAAAUGAGACCUAAAUCAGGAUAUGUUUAGCAGAAACAUGUAUUAACCUGUUUGAAAGUCCUUGAAUUUUGCAUAUAUUUACAUUUCAAAGUCCCCCUAAUAUUUUAGCAAACACAUAUUUACAAACCUCUGACUUUCAACAACAUUUUAGUUUCGUGUUUUGAUUCAUUUUAGUUAUAAAAAUUGAAUAGAAGGACUAAAUACAAGCUAACUUUGUUCAUGUGCCCUUUUUCCGCCGAGGAGCUCCGCAGUAGGCAAUUCUGGAGUGCCGUCUUAGCAGAGCUGCUUGGCACCCUGGUGUUAGUGAGCGCUGUGCUGGGCGCCUCUGUUCCAGGGCCCGGCGAGGCCCCAGUGGGGCCCCUGUAUCCAGCUGUGGCAGUGGGUGUAGUCAUUAUUUCACUGGCACACUGCUUUGGAGAAAUAAGUGGAGCGCAGGUGAACCCGGCUGUCACGCUGUCCUUGCUGGCCACCCGGAAGCUGGACGCUCUGCGGGCGGUCGUUUACAUGGUGGCUCAGUGUUUGGGGGCCUGUGUAGGGGCCUCGGCCCUCUAUCUGGCUCUGCCCCUCAAAGCCACAGCAGAGCACUUUGUUAACAGGGUUCCUGCAGAUUUGAAUGCAGCGCAGGCUCUGUGCAUCGAGGUUCUGUGCACCUUUCAGAUGGUUUUCACCAUCUUCUCAGUGGAGGAGCAGAGACGGAAGGAGAGCGUGGAACCAGGAAAUCUGGCCAUUGGACUUUCUCACACUGCUGGAGUGCUAAUAGGGGCCCGUUUCUCUGGUGCCAGUAUGAACCCGGCACGCUCCUUGGGUCCAGCCAUCAUCACUGGAUUCUGGGAAAAUCACUGGGUAUACUGGAUCGGUCCGAUCAUCGGCGCUCUACUGGCCGGAGUGUCCCAUGAGUUCUUCUUCGCCCGCAGCGCCUCUCGCCAGAAGCUGGUGGCCUGUUUGACCUGCAAGGACAUUGAGAUCGUUGAGACGGCCAGCAUGACCGGCUCGUCUCUGUCCACAGUCACUCAGAACGCCAUGAGAGCCAAACAUGCCAACAAACAGGAAAGCAACUGAAGAUGGACGGUGGUUUCGUCAGGCUUCGAUGGUGAUGAGCGAUGGCAGGAGCUGAGUUACCAACGGUUAAGCUCCUUAAACGUCCUGUGCCAAAAAGAAACACAAAUCAGACUAAUGAUCUGAAGA